UUUUAUACGAGAUUACUUGCGAUUUUCAUGCGCAUGCAGUAGUUUUUAUUGAAUUUCAAUUUGUUUUUUUUGUGAUUUUACUUAUUAUGAGGAAAAUUGUAGCUCAAUUUUGUGCUCCCAUUGAAUAUUUUUUGUGCUUUUAACCAAAAUUUUACAUGCAUAGGCAUCGAAUGUUGGCUUUUCAAUAUUUCAGUUGUUCAGAUUUAAAAAUGUAUGCACGUUUUGAUGAAAGUUAUUUUGAAAAGUAUAAGAGAAAAAUAGAGAUUCUUUACAAGUUGCAAUCAAUGUUGUAUCAAAAUUGGGUCUCAUUGUUUUAUGUAGGUAACAAAUUAACGUUUCUGGAUAAAUUCUUUCUGUUCAUACAUUUCAAAAGGGUUUCUUUUUGUGGUUUGAAUAGCAAAUCAAUAUCCGUUGUACAAUUUACGAUCUUUUCUUCAAAUUUUUACAAGAGUUUUUUUUUCAUUGAUAAAACAAACUUUUUUCUAUAUUUCCAAUUAUACUUCAUAGAAGAUGAAGCAACUAUGUUUUGCAACUAUUGGAAAUUGAAGAAGAAAUAACGUGAGUGAGAUCAUCGAUAAAAAUGUCGCUUGAGACACAUCAUCCAAAUGACCAAAGUCAGCAGGAGGAAAUUUUGAUCGCACCUGAAUUGCCACCAAGAUUAACAACAAAUCGCCACAUGCUGCAAAAGAUGUCAAAGCCAUAUGUGUCAAAUCAAAAUCAAUUUGCUGUACUACUGAAGAAUAAACGUCAAAUAACUAGUCUAACUGCCGGAUUGAUCGUUUUAUUAGGAAGUGGUGUCCAUACUGUGUGGGCAUUUUGGGAAAUAUAUUCAGCUACAAGUUGGCUGGAAAAAGAAGUAAUUAUAAUGGUUGGGUCCUGGUAUUUAGCAAGUUUAAUAGGAUCGGCUGCAGCCGCAGUUCUGAUUCCAAAGUGGUCAAAGAAAAACAUUUAUAUUCUGGCUGCAUUCAUUCUUCUCCUAAGCAGUUUGCUGUUUUGCUCACGACUCUUCACUGAAUUUCGUAUUAAUUCUAUUUUAUUUUCGGGAAGAUUUUUGGGUGGAUUAGCCAAUGGCCUUGCCUAUUUAACUGUCAUCACACAAGCAGCUGAGAAUGCUGUUAAUCAAAUACGUGGAUUAAUCCUACGAGGCGUUGGCUAUGUUUUGGCAUUUUCAUUGUUAAUUGCCGGUUUUACAACAAACGGAACGAUAGAGAACGACAUCGACUCGGAAUUAAUAAUGGGUUAUUUGAAUCUCUUCUAUUCGGUUCUUGCAAUAAUAUUGGCGCCGUUUUUAACAAUUGAAUCGGCACCAUAUUUACUCCAACAAACAGACGAAAAUACGGUUGCUGAACGCGAGGCAAUUGUCAUCGCAACAAUGGUAAAAUUACGUAAUGAAAAAUGUGAAACACCAAAAAUUCGACAUGAUUUUAUCGAGAUGAAGCAUCAAUUAAAUGAAGACGAGCUUGAUAGUCGCAAUCCUUUUGACCGUAAAAACAUUCGACCGCUUUGUAUUGUCACUGGCGUCCGAGUGCUUAGUGUAUGCGCAAAAAAUGUACCCUUCACAGUACUUAUUAUGGGGUUCUUCAAUCAUCUAUUCAACCCUGAAACAUUUUCACUGUACAUGCUGUUUUUGUUACUCUCCUGCCGGUUUAUUUUCGGAAUGUUGACUAUGUUCUUCAUUGAUAAAUUUGAGCGCAAAAAAUAUCUAUAUAUAUGUGCAAUUCUGUGUGGAAUACUGUUGUUAAUUACCUGUUUUGUCGUCUCCAAUUCCAAGGAGGACUUUUUUCAAUUUUCGUCAGUCUUCAGUUUUGGCAUCAUUGUUUUCUUUGUAUUCGCAUCCAUGAGUAUCGAUGUCCUUGGACAUGUGCAAACAUCAGAAGCAUUUUCAUAUGCCACGAAAAGUGUUUCAAUUGUAAUAGCAACAGGUGUUGAGCACAUUGUUCACACAAUAUUCAUUAUAGUUUUCAAAUUGCAAUACGACGUUUAUGCUUUUGUUCUGAUUUCAAUGGGACUAAUUAUAAUGGGCCUAUCGACGUUGCUGACAGUUCCAGCCAAGACUAAAGGUUUAUCACUACGACAAACACGAGACAUAUAUCGAAAUGUCAAAUUCGUCAUAACUUCGGAAUCUAUUGAUUGACUCCGAUUAAUAUUUACAUUAUUAUAAACUUUAAACAUGUUGAGUUAAGAAAGAUUCUGUAUACUUGUAACUUUUCACAAAGAAAUAGAAUAAUAUUCAAACUUA